CGUGUCUGGUAGAGCUCGUCGACAGGUGUAGGAAGCAAGCUUUGCCCAUACCCUUCGAAGACUCGCUGCGGCUGGUCAUGGCGGUGAUGAAGGAUAGGGAGAUCGCGCGGAAGUUUGCGAGUGUGGGCGAUGGGUUGGCCGAGAGUGGAAGUACAUCUCUGGAUGCCACCGAUCGAAGAGGUGAUGUGCCAGUUAAGACGGGGGAUAUGUCAGGUGGCGAGAGAACAGGGGUGUGUGGUAGUAAGCCGGGCGACGUGAAUCGGGUGCUAGCACUGUACGGUAAUACAGUCGCACUCGGUAAACGGAUGAUCGCCAUAGAGAAGCAGCGCACACCAACUAGCACUGAGGUGACCAGCACCGGUGCGACUACUACUCGUGCCACUACUACACCCGAGCACACACGCGCCGGCCCAGACACAGCCCACACCCGGGAACGGUAUGUACAGAGCCUGUACUCACUCACCAAGGUGUGUCUGCGGGAGAUCGCUGCGAGUAAGGAGCGUGCACGCACCAGCUCCUCGGCCACGAGUGAGCUGCACCCUAUGCUGGGCAUGACCUCCGUACGCACGGGCAAGGAUUGGAAGCCUGUGCUGCACGGUGUGCAUGCGCAGGUGAAGCGGGUGUGGGAAUCGGCGCACCUGCAUGCGAUACUUAUGGAAGAUCUGGGGCGCUGUUGCGAGAGUCCGAGCGCUGCUAACCGCCGUCGCGGUAGUGGCACCAGAUCCGAAGCCGGUAAGCUGCUACGUCGGUACAGUAGCAAGCGUAGCAGUGGCGUAGUCACCAGACAAGGAUCCUCCGCGAGUGCCGACGAAAGAAGGGAGAUGGGGGGCAAGAUAAUCGACCUGAGCGCCGCACUGCGCGUGUGCAAAGCAUGUCAGCUGUUGUAUAUGCUACCCAGUGUGUUCCCGGAUGACAAGCACAUGCUGUGGAAUAGGAUUACCUGUAUGCCGGGAGCGCUAUCUGGCCUGUACCGGCUACUACUGUCCGUAGGACCCUCAGGGGGCAUGGCUGUGUUCUUAACCGCAGCGUGUAACCAGCCAUCAGCCGAAGUGAUGCUACCCAUCUUAUUGUUAUUCUGCGACUGUUGCACGAAUCUGUUGGUGACACUGGACGAUACAGAUAUGCACGAAGAACAUAAAGUGCUCACGCUCCUGGAUUUCCGAUUUCUUGUGCGUUUUUUGAUAAGAUUUAUAUACAAUCUCAUCAUAGUCGGGCGGAAGAAGAAUCGGUCGGACAAGUGCUACAAGACCAGUCUCAGCAGUACUCACGCGCUACUACGGGCACUCCGCGACCGCGAUUCGGCACGCAACUUCACGCAGGAGUCUGACUGGCGGCUACCACUGCAAAUACUGAAUAUGCGAAAAAUUGACGAGAUGCUGGAUACCAUAGCUGUGGGGACCCCCGCACACACCAAAGCUGACAGUGCCACUAUUGAAGCCUAUAACCAGCUGAUACUGUACAUGCCGCAUCUCAUACCAUUCAAACGGAGGUGA